UGGAUAUUUAAUAUGCCAUUAAUGCUUUGCAGAAUAUCGUCGUUAACCAGAUGCCUACAUUUGUCUUAACCACGGUGUCUAAGUAAUUUCCCAAAUUGAUAGUAUCCCCGUUUAUUUUGAUGCAGCGCUCAUGUGUAAAAGAGAAAUUGGUCUCAGCGUGACCUUUUUUGCUAAAUUAAAGAUUUACUUAAAAAUAAUACAUGAUUCGUUUUGAAUACGGUUAUUGUAUAAACUCUAGAAUGUUUUCAUGCGGUAGAUACAGGGUUAAGUAUUUUUUCUUCUACCGGCGCUUAUCCCUCAUAAUGGGAUAUGCCACUGAAUCACUCUGGCUAAGCUAGAGCAGGUCACCAUGUUCGGAGCGAGAGUCGGUGCAGUAUGGGCUGAGUAAUUAAUGACAAGGGACGAUGUUACACUGGGAGUGAACUCUGAAAGCUGCCACUGGUCACUACGGAGUCUUUCUAUGGAACGGCAAUGUGAGGAUGUUAUUGGAUCAUGAUCCCGGACAGGCAAACCAGCUAGCCUACAUGACUAUCGCAAACCAUUUUCUAUUCACAGUUGUAGUAGGAUCUUGGAUACCGGGAUUUGAGUUUUGAAUGUGUGGCCAUCUAUAGGUAACUAUAGCCGGCCGAUUUAUUUCUCUCCCGAAGUGGGAGUACCUUAAGAAAUAGCGAUGCGCUCAUCAAAAGAAACGUCUAGGCCUAUCGCACAGACAUCCGGAAAAGGCAUCCACGCGCCACAGCUGCUUCGCUUAAUGACAAUAUGCUGUAACAACACAAAGGAUUCCUUCAAGGACCUCGAUUGAGAAACCACUUUUGAGUGCUUGUCAUGGGUGCGUCGACGCGGUUAUUUUUCUCUGCUCUAUAUGGGUUUGGAUUGCGCUUAUGCAAUGAGACAACCGGGAGUUAUUAAGUAGGACUGGCUGCAUUGAUACAUAUUCAGACAAUAUGGCUGAUCAGAGUAACAUCCAGUCCGCUGCCUCCAAAAGCAUCCGGCCGUUUAAAUCCAGCGAGGAAUACUUGUAUGCCAUGAAGGAGGACCUGGCUGAAUGGUUUAACACGCUGUACGACCUGGAUAUAACCGCGGAUACCUUUAUGGAAGGGCUGGAGACUGGCUGUGCCCUCUGUCGGCAUGCCAACAAUGUGAAUCGCGCCGCGCAAGACUUCCAAUUGGAGUACCCGGAGGCUGCAAAGUCAUUGAGGAUGCCAACCAAGGAUGUGGUGUUUCAGAUGCGCAACGUGGUCCCUGGGUCAUUUUUGGCUCGGGACAAUGUAUCAAAUUUUAUCAGCUGGUGUCGUCAGGAGCUGUGGAUCAAGGAUGUUCUGAUGUUCGAGACCAACGACAUAGUGGAGAAGUGCAAUGAGAAGAACUUUGUGCUCUGCCUACUGGAGGUGGCACGGCGCGGGGCCAAGUUCGGCAUGCUGGCCCCGAUGCUAAUUCAGCUAGAGGAGGAGAUCGAGGAGGAAAUCCGGGACCAGGAGAACCAGGGGGAGCCUUGCCCAAGCUUGCUUCCCAUAAGUAGGGCUUUCGUUCGGAAGGAGAGUGUGGUGGAUGAACCCGAGCCCGCCCCUUAUGCACAAUGGCAACAGAAACAGAGGGUGCUCUGUGACAUGAGAAACUUAGAUGAGUUGGUGCGGGAGAUCCUGGGCCGCUGCUCCUGCCCCGCCCAGUUCCCAAUGACCAAGGUGUCGGAGGGAAAAUACAAAGUGGGAGACUCCAGCGCUCUGAUCUUCAUACGGGUCCUGCGUACUCAUGUGAUGGUGCGCGUAGGUGGGGGAUGGGACACAUUGGAACACUAUCUGGACAAGCAUGACCCUUGCCGAUGUGCUGCCUUUGCUCACCGGUAUCACCAGGCCAAAGCCAGCGGGCAGGGUGCCCACAGUAAAUCCUCCAGUGCCCACUCCUCCCGUUCCACCAGCCCCGGCCCACACUGGCGCAACGAGGGCAUUGCCCCCUAUAAGGUCCCCGAGAGACGCUCCCAAGGCCUGGAACCUCCGUGUGUCCCGUCGUCCUCCACCCGACCUGGCCGCUCCCACCACCCCUCACUCCCCACGGAUCUGCCCUCCAACGCCGGGCGCGCCCCCCUGUUACCACGACCGCCGCGGGACCGCUCCGAGCCCCGCCACUUCAACCCUCUUAGGUCUAAAGAGUCCUCAUUGGUGCCAGUGACACGUCGUUUGUCAGGGGACAGUGACUCCUCUACAGCCUCCUCUAAAGGUGGAGGAGGAGGGACAGGGGGAGCCCGCAUUUCUUUGGGGACCACCCGUCAGUCUGGAGAAGAAGUGGUCCUGCUGGUCAACAGGAAGGAGGGGAGGCAUGUGAUUGAGCGGUCUGUAGAAGGAGGUGUCUCAGCCCUGCACACUCCAAUGUCUCGCGGACGCAGCCACUCCCGGGAAUUCCAUGGCCCCGCCUCCAUCCUUAAACCAAGCCCGCCACAGACGGGAGCAAGCCCCUCUGAUGGGAGCAGAGCCACCCGUGGGGACAGAGGCCGCUCUCUUGGGCCCGAAGGCCCCCAUAGGCUCCAGGGCCCACGUUCCCACAGUCAGGGAAAGAUACCCAGCCGGAGUCGGACAAGUGAUGCUAGCCCUGGUCCCUCUUCCCGUUACGGGGGUUCUCAGCCCCCGUCCUCUGACAGACGAGAGGAGCUCAGGACCAAACAGCUUCCCCCGUCCUCCCCCAGAAACACCGGAGGUUUCUCAAGGAGACAGUCGUCCUCCUGCUCUAACUCACCUAUCAAAGGCCUCCAGGGCAGCAGUCCCAGUAAGAAGACAGUUGUGGCUCCCAGGCCCCCCGCUCCGCGCUCCCCUUCAGUGGGGAAGGGUAGGCUGCUGCCCCCGGUCUCACAAGCCGGCCGGCGCUCUCCUCAUUCCUCCUCCACCCGUUCCUCUCACCACCACGGGCAUGGACCCCGAUCCCCUCGAACCUCCCACGGCCCCCGUUCCAAUGGCCACAGGGGGAGGCCACUGGAGAGACAGGAACCGGAGGAACCGGAGGGGCUUGGCUGUCACUUCCAGAUGCUGCCCAUUCUGGACCCCCAGAAGGAGCAGGAUCUUUACCGAAGCUUUGAGGCUGAGUUCCUUGCUAACACCAGACUGGGUCCCAGUAGACCCACAGGAGGGGGCAUCCAACCGUUGUCCCCGUCCUCACACCCACAUCAGUGGUUGGGCACCCAAAGCACAGCAACACCAGCCUCUGCUGACUCUAACGUCACUGACUCAGCCUACUCCUCUUCCAACUCCUCCACCUCCUCAAUCAGCGUGACAGGGAAAGUUGGAGCCCUGCCUGACCUGCGGGAGUCAAAAAGAACUAACCCACAUUCCUGUGGAGCAAAGGACACCCUGGUCCCAUUUCAUGGCUAUAACCCUGGCAGACUGUCCAAUGGUGGGCUUGCAGAACCAGAGCGCUGGGUUGGGCGAGGUGGGGGUCUCCGGAAGCUCCCUGCCAUCUCCAGUUCCAUGGAGGAAGGGGAGCUCAUGCCCUCCCUCGCUGGUCAGAGAGACUCAGAGCUGAGCAUAUCUCUUAGCAAUGCCCCCUCACAACUUCCUGUCCACCCCAGGAGCAUGAAUGGCAGUCAUGUCAGUGGGACUCCAGCAGAGGUACAAAUGGAGCGCCAGCAGGUUCAGCUGAACUGGGAUUCAGGGCCUGAGGGAGACGUUCCUCUGGAGGAUCACCAACCAAACUUCCCCUACCACCUGGAGGGUGAAGACCCCAACGAUGACCUCCCACUCCCAGAAUCUUGUCCCUCGCCCAUCCCCCUGCCCCCCUCGGAGGAUUGCUCCUUCCAGGAAGACUCCUCCAGCGAGAGCUCCUCCAUGUGCUUUAGUCUAAGUGAAUCACGCUCUGAAUCCUCUCCCCCACCUCCUCCCCUGGCCAACGGGGAUGAUGCUGAUGGAAGUGUGGUGCUCCGGCCCCAGAGGGCAGGGAAGAAGGCUGACAGGGUGCCCUCAAUCUAUAAGCUCAAGCUGAAGCCCAGGAUCAGGCCCCGUACAGACAACCGUCCGGAGAAGAGCCCGUCUCGAAUCCCCACCCCAGUCAGCUACAGAGACUUGCAGGCCGGGGGCAGCCUCAACCCCCUCCCCACACCCACUCCCCCUCAGUCCCCUCAGAACUCGCACUCCAAUGGCCAGCCAACCUCACGCAAGGCCCUGCAUCAGGCUUUUGCCGACCUGAUCCACCCUCAGUCACGGUCUCCUGCCAUGGGCAGCAGGGACCGCACCUACUCUGUAGAGUCAGGGAGCGGUCUGGACACUGAGGCCUGGAUGUAGCACGAAUGACUCAGAAUGGUGAUGCUGAUACAGAAGAGUCUGUUGUCAAAUGAAAUCUGACUACUGUCUAAAGGCUGGGGAUCAGGCUACAGUCUGUUUUUAAAGAGCAUGUCAUACACUCCCUCUUCUUGUCACUUAGGGUUUUAGCAUCCCGUUCUAUUUUUUGCACUCUAAGCCUAAUUAUUUAUUACCAAAGGAACUAUCCAGAAGACAAUUGUGUAAGGGGACUAUUUCUUUUUUAGUUAAAUGGUUUUAUUAAUACUUGGAAAGGUUUGGUCAAUCAUAAAAUGUCUAAGACAGGCGCUGUCUUGAGAGCCCCAUAUUUUUCUGCAACCGUAGAGAAAGAGAGAACAUAUUAUGUGCAGUCAUAUACAUCGCUGAGGGGCAUUAAGAAUGCCAGGGCCGAAGAUGAAAGAACCCCAGACAAGAGCCGUGCAUCCCAAGCAUCACCAAGCCAACCAGAUUAGUCCCCUCAAGUGGACAGUGUAUGCUAAAACAUGUCUGCGUUGAUUGUCAAAAUACUGGUAAUUUUUCUCAUUCUGCAUAUUGCCACCAAUACUUUCUGUGGACAUCUAUACAGAUCUGAUCUGUAUUGGACACGUAUAUAAAUACAGUACUCUACAAUAUUUUACUCUACAGUGUUUGCAUCUAACAGCUCUUUGGACAUUAUACACACUACAAUUUGAGCACAACUAGUCACCUUCCCCCAGCAGCCCCUGCACCCUGACUCGUUCCUUGGUGUAUAUGUAUAAUGUCACUUUCUCACUGCCAAUCCACCUGGCCAUGAUUGCGGGAUGUCUGAUGAUUGGUUUUUGAGUGAUUAGUGUGAACAUAUCCCAAAUAUCAUAGGUUCUUUUCACAUAAUGUUUGUGUGUUAACCGAAGACUGGGAGUAAGACAAUAAUGUGUCAUUGCCACUGAAACAGCAACGCUGAAUACUUCCAAUGAACAAGUUAUCUCAACUUGGAAGUGAACGCUAAAAUAUGUGUACAAAAGACCAUGUUGAAGUGGAUGAAUGUGUAUAAACAUGUACAUGUGUAUAGACAUGAAUGCCUACUUUCAUAAAGAUGUGGGUGGGGUGUAUAUAACAAGAAAGGAUAAUGAAAUGUGUACGAAUUCGUUGUAUGGGGUCCUAUAUUGCCUUAGCGCUGAAAUAUUGCUGUUGGAAAUGCCUUGAAAAUUCCCUUUGCCUUAAAAUAGAUGUGCGAGUGGGGUUUGAGAAUGUUAGUGCCCAACAACACCCAUACACUGUGAGUAUGAAUUAAUUGCCAUCACCAUCAGUCUGUUUCUCCAAAUUUAGAGUUGUUCAAUGACUAAAUGUAAUGCAUCAUUUCAUUUGAUAAGGAAUAUCCUGGAAUUGUAUUAUGUACGGUAUACAUAAACAAACCAAUGUCAAGGAACUUCAGUGACAUCUAGUGGUUGAAAACGAUAAUGUCAUUUGUAUGAAAUUCCUUCACAGAUAUGAGUGUUGAGCAUUUUCUGGAUUGGUUUGAAAUAAGAUUGUACAUUGAAUACAUAUAGAGAAUGCAUAUUUUUUUUCUUGAGUGGUUUUACAUGGAGAAUGGAUAAGUGUAAUAAUAUGGACUAUGUCUGAACCCUGGUAAUGAUGUGCUAUUUGUGUUAUUAUUAACAGAGCAGAGCAGGGAUACAGAUGUGAUGUUGGUAAUUGAAUAGGGCUUUAGAGCUUGUAAAUGUGAUAUGAAUGGUUUUAAAUUGAAAUGAAAGGACUGGGCUGAAGUGAAUUUUUGGUAAAUAGAUGGCACAAGCAAAGUGGUAUGAGUGUGUGUACAUUUUUCAGUAAACUGAAUCUGAGUGUACUUUCUGUAUAGAAAUGCAUACCAGUUGUCCGGGAGCAAAUGGAAAUGUAGAUAGGCAGUGUUGUUGAAGAAUAAGAAGGGAGCGGUGGCAUUGGUCUUAUUUAUUUAUUUAUGAUUUGGUCUCAAGUGAAAGGUCUGGCUCUGAGUAAAAAGCUUUGCUGUUAUGUACAGUUUAAAGUCAGCAAGGGCCCAAUAUAAGUUAUGAAGAACGUGUAAGAACGUCGGCUCUUGAUUAUCCUAAAGGUUUUAGCCAGAGCUAAUCUUUUCUCUACAGACACUUUAAACCAUAAACGGUGGUGGUGCACUAUUUCUGAGGAUGUCUCCAUGUAUUUUCAUGACUUUAACUUAAAGGUUUUUGAUUGGUUUUAAUAUGUUUUAUCAUGCCAAUUAAUGUACAGAUGUUACACUGAAAAAUAUAUAAACGCAACAUGGAAAGUGUUGGUACUAUGUUUAAUGAGCUUAAAUAAAAGAUCCCAGAUCCA